AUGUUGUUGACGCUAGCCGUUCUGGAGAUUGAAAAAGUCACCCAGGCAAGCAGGGAUCUCACACGGAUUAACCAGGACCUGGAGGAGUCCCGCCUCUUCGCCAUUAGUGACCAGGCUAGGACAGCCAAGCGACUCUUGCUUAUGUCCAGCCAGCUGGAAUACACCGAGCAAAAGCUAUUCUCGCUCACCAAGGAGACAGAGGAUGGCCUCAAGGAUUCGGACCUCCUUCGCAUUGAGCGUAUCAAACGGGAGGCCCUACAGGAGCGGGAGGAUGCAGGUCGGCUCAAGAUUGAUGCGCUGCAGGAUGAAUUGAGAGAGGUCCAGCGAUCGGAACGGACGCUUCAGCAAAAGCUACUCACCAUCCAGACAAAGUUUGAGACCCUUGGACAGCGACAUGAUCAACUGCGUCGCCAGCAACAGGACGUUGAUGUUGCCAGGGAAUCCAAGGAGGCUGUGGCAUGGCUCAAGGAAACCACCGACCGGUUAUGUUCACCACCCCAAGGCAGCCUCGGACAAGCCAUUCAACAGGAGAAAUCCUUGCAACAGGGAUCUACGCCUAUCAACAUUGUCAGAUCCGAGUCGCCUUCAUCCUCAUCAUCACCGCCAUAUCAAUCAUCUAUCGCCGAUCCACCCCUGGCCGCCCAGAACCAGCUCAUCUCGCUCAUCAAGGAACUGGCUACAGCAAACUCAACUCUGAGAUCAGAAUUGACCGAGUACCGGGAUCUGCUGCAGGACUCUCGGAACGAAGUGAUGGAUCUUCGUUCACAGAUUGAAGAUUAUGAACAAGGCCAUGGAUUUGAAUGCUGCGGAGGCAGCUUCAUGCAGGAUAGUCCUGGUGACCUAACCAUCUCUCAGGGCACCUGGGGAACCGCCAUGGUUGAGCACCAAGAUUUGUCGAUGUCGAAACUCAAGGAUGCUGCCGGAGGUCCCUUACCAGGAGCAUCACCGCCACCUUACAUGACGGCCCAUGGCGAGCAUCCACCAUCUGAGCAGCACUUGCAUCAACAUUUCCAUCUCCCGGGAGUCAGGGGUAACGUCUUUGGCGAACUAGAACGAUGCUACAGCCAGAGUAACCAAAUCCCACCUCAUCUAUCAUCAAAGCGCAGGAGCAGUCGCCAUCAUUCCUCCAAGAAGGACAAGGAAGCCGGUGCUGGCAGCGGAGGACGUCGCACCAGCCGAGAUCACACGAAAUCGUCACAUCACCAUUCAAAGCAUGGACACCACUCUCACCAGUCUCACCUUAGCCACCAUAAUAAUAACACAGCCACGGUUUCAACGUCGACUUCAACCUCCGAAGCGCGUCGAGCUCUGGUCCCUACUGGAGCCCCCUCCCAAGUAUCAACACCAGGAUCGACCGAGGCGAAACCCAGAAGGGCGCACGACAGCAAGACACUUGUUCAUUCUCGCAGGAUGAGGAGCAAAAAGUCGUUGUACACAGAUGCCGACAUGGAUAUGCUUGGAUCUGAGAGCGAUCGGAACGAGUAUGACCACGGCAGCGGUGACGAUGAUCAUGACCAAGGAGAUCCUACUGGAAUCCUUGCAGAGCUAAGUGAUUCUGGAGACGAGCAAGAGCCAGGAUUCAUUGCCGCCUUUGCCGAGGACCACUCUCAGGAUCUCCUCCAUAAAUAA